AUGGCUGCAGAUGCAGCUCCAGGGCUGCUGCUGGCCACUUUCUGCCUGCUCGCUCGCCACGGAGGGACGGCAGCUUUCCUGAUCACCACCCCGUACUCGCUCUGCAUCUGCCCCGAGGGCCAGAACGUCACCCUGACCUGCCGGAUCAGCGGUCCCCUUGCCGACCGCCAUGACCUCCUCUACAAAACCUGGUACUUCAGCAGCAAUGGAGACCAGAGCUGCUCCGAGAAGAAGCACAUCCGCAACGUCACCGAGAAGGAGCUGCACCAUGACGUGGGCAGGCACCACGAGCCCCUGGGCAACGGCACCCAAAAAUCCCCCCUCGGGGGGCAAGCCAGCCAUCACGGGGUAGAGUUUGUCCCCUACCACCAUGGUGCCUUUCACAUCGUGGUGAUGAACCUGACGCUGCAGGACAGCGGGAAUUACUGCUGCUACGCCGUGGAGGCCAGGCGGGAGCACGGCAAGCCCCACACUCUGCAGGUCGCUCAUGGCUUCGUGGAGCUGCAGAUCCAGCAAGGCAGAGGAGGGCUUCAAAACUGCACGUUUCAUACUGCCACCAGCAAAGAUAUCACGGCCGCUGCGCUGGCAACAGGCGCCUGCAUUGUGGGCAUCCUCUGCCUGCCCCUCAUCUUGCUCCUGAUUUACAAGCAGAGACAAGCGGUCAGCAACAGACGUGCCCACGAACUCGUCAGAAUGGAGAGCAGUGCCCAGGGCAUCGAAAACCCUGUCUUCGAGGCGGUCCCCUCGGCGAGCACGGAGCCGCGGCCCCGACCCCACCUCUCCUACAGGCCCAGCCGGCAGCCCUCCGAGUCUGGCUGGCACUUGCUCUCCGAUCCUGGCACCCCCCUGUCCCCCCCCGGCCCUGGGGACUGCUUCUUCCCGACGCUGGAUCCUGUUCCUGACUCACCAAAUUCCUUGAAAGCCUAA